UGUUGCGUCAUCCUCGGCUUCCGGGAAACGAAUUUCCUUCCCUCCGCGGGGGCCAUCUUGUGCUUAUUUUUGUCUGUUUUUAUGUCCCCCCCCCCCCUCCACCCAAAGCGUGGAGCCUUAACUGCCUCAUCGUCAUAAUUCUGAUUAUUAUUAGCUUUUUGCCAGCAAUACCAAAGUACAUCAGUUUUUCCCUUUUCAAGCUUGAUAAUUUAUUCAAAUAUGACGUUAUCCUAAAGCCAUUUUACUACAGCUCUGAGAAGUACAGUAUAUCAAUAAUAUAUAGAGAAAUAUAAAACUACAGUCUAUAUUGAAGAAAGAUAUUUAAGAUUUAUUGAAGAUGGAUGACGAAGGGGAAGACGAUUAUUUUUUUGAGACAGCGGCGUCGAGCCGAACAGAAGUUUUCCACACGUACGUUUGCGCUUUAGAAGGAUUUAAAAAAGGGGGCAAAAAGUGGAAUCUACAGAUGAAACAUUUCACGGCGUGACGGGCAAGUGCCAAUAUGUCAAAAAUGUAUUUUUUUUUUUUUUUUUACAGCGGUUGCCUUUCAUGCAUUUCGACGGCCAUUUCCCCGUUUUACAAAAGGGACGUUCAUAGACGUCAUUGGCAGGAAGCUGGGGAAAAAAGAUGCCGUUUGUCAAAACUUUUCAUUUGUAACGUGUGAAAUAUUUUCCCCCUUAUCCCGAACAAUUUGAGGAACGCGGUCGUGCUCGCCGCCGUUGUUUGCUCACGGCAACGGCGCGAAAAGUAUUUGGUGGACACGUUCGAAAGACAAAAUAUUUGUUACCGAGCAGUUUUUAAUUUUUUUUUUUUUUGUAACUGCGCAUUUUUCCUAGAAAAUUUGAAAUAUGAAGACGCAUUUUUUAAAUCUUAAUUUUAGUUUUAUUUAGUUAAAGUUUUAUUUAGUUCAAUUCAUUUGGUGUAUGUAAUAUAUAUAUAUAUAUAUUGCAUUUGAUUUUAAAAUACACUCAGAAAACAUUUAUUAUUGCACUUUUUUUUUUUAUUAUUCCUAGCUAUGUUUUUAGAAGAAACUGAUUUGCAAUCGUUGGUUCUCCCCCCCAAAAUUUGUAAGCAAAUCGUUUUUUUAAAAAAAAGUGUGCGGUAUCAAAAACACGAACAGUGUACUUAAAUAUGUAUUUUGCGACUCGAAAAUAUUUUUUGUGCGCACGAGAUAUUUAAAUUGUGGCCACAAAAUGUGUUGUUCUGCUCUAUAUUGAUUUAUCGAUUGAUGGUGACGUCAUCCGGCCAAGCGAGUUCCCAGCAUGCACAUGUUGUCUUCCAUAUUUUUUUGUUGUCUUUUUCCAUAUUUUUGGGCUAUUAUUAAAUCUUAACAACUUUAGUUUGCGUUACCACGCGCGUGUUGUCGCAUUUUGUCGGAUUUCCCCGCGCCGACGCUGCGCCAAGAGAUUGAAAAAGAUUUUUUUCAGAUUUUUGAAGGGAUUCGCCGCCGCCGCCGCCGCUUUGUGACCGUCACGAAGUUUCCGGGUCAAAACUUUCACACGCUGACAUGUUGUUUGUGCGUGUCGUCGUGUUCGUAUUGUACACGUAGAACGUUCUGGAAUAAAUCCCAUACAAUAUAAACACAACACGGGUGGAGCUGUGGAUUUUUUUAUCAUUUACAUUUUUGGGUCAUAUUCAACAAUUUCAAAAGCACUAAGUGAAAUUGGUACAAUGUGACUCCAUUUUUGGUCAUUUUUCCGGAGAGUUUUGGGAUUCAAUUAUGUAUUUUUAGAAAUUUUUUUGUUUUUUUUUUUUGUGCAAAGGUGACUUUGAUUUUGAGGCGAUGUAAUGGCAAAAUUUUGAGCCACAAGACAUCUUAAAUUUCAUAUUUUUGGUUAUAAUCAUCGAGGUAGUCGGGAAGAGAAGAAACAAAUUUUGGGAAAACAAAAAAGUAUUUAUGGGAAUUCAAUAAACAGGCGCACAAUCCGAAUCGAUUCAGAUCCAUAUCCAAUCAGAUUUGUAUUUAUGUAUGUGCAUUUGGGAAUAAUAACGCUAAUUUUUCAUUGACGUCACCGACAGAAGCCAUGAAUUUUCGCUUUCAAUGGUUCGAUUGGAGUUAUGGAUCGGCGGCUCCGUUCGGAUCCGCUCGGCAUUCUUCGUCCUCAAAAGUGGGCGUGGGCCCGCCAACGUCAGUCGCCCGUGGGUCACCGCCGGUUCCGUCCAGAAGGAACGUGGAAAAGGGACGACCCCGAACCCACGCUGGGGGACAGGUAGCCGUCUCGCUGACACCCCCACGGACACCCCUCCACGAGCGCUUCACCCACGCGGCAGUCGGACCGGAGGAGAGACACGAGCCGCCGCUGAAAGGACGCGUGCCGGCCUGGCUGCUGGCUGGACGCCCAGAGAGCAACAAGCUAGCAGUAACCAUGGAGACGCACGGCGAGCGACAACAGCGUCAGCAGGCCCCGGCCAAUGAGAGCGCCGCGUCCGGCCCCGGCCCCGCCCCCGCCCGCCCCCUGGCGAUCAACUCCAUGUCGCCGUACGAAAGGCAGGCCGUGCAGGCCCUGCAGGCGCUGCAGGGGCAGCCGCGCGCCGCUCACUACUUCCAGCAGCUGAUGCUGCAGCAGCGCAUCAACAAAACGCAGCUGCACAACAUGGCCGCCGUGCAGCGGGUCAAGGCCGGCGCGACGUCAGACUCCGCCUCCUCGGCCGGCAGUCGGCCCGUCACCGCGGCGACCAUCAGCCAGUCGCUGCUGCUGAGCGGCGGGGCGGGCGGUCGGGGUCAGAUGUUUCUCAGGGUCAACCGUUCCCUGAGAGCGCCGAUCUCCUCGCAGCUCAUCUUCAUGCCCGGCGGGGCACCCGGGGGCGCCACCGUGACGACCGCCUCCGUGGCGACCGUCACCGUGGCCACCGUUGCCCGCCCGCCCAAAGAGGAAAUGGCGGCCACGACGUCCUCCGGCGGCCAAACGGACGGCGAGCUGGUCAGCGAUUCUGUCCGGACUCUUUUUGAUAACCUGGCAGUGAGGGGCGUGUCCUUUCCGAAAAGUCUCAAGACGGAGGCGCUCGAAAAGUGCAAUGCGGCGUCCUCCUCGCUGGUCGCAUCCCUCACCAAGUCCACGCAGCCGCUGCCGUCCCCCAUCAAGAUCCCCACCUACCCUCACCCCGCCCACUUGAAGGCCAACCCCUCCCCCGUCGUCUCCACCCCCUCCCUCCCGUUCUCGCAGCUUCUGCUGCACGGAACCCGCACCCUCACCGCGGGGACGGCCACAAAUGCGUUGGUCUUGGCGUCCGCGGCGGCCUCGCAAGCCCGCGUCCACCCGCUGAACGUGGGCGCUGCUGAGCCGGCGGCGGGGGGCGCCCAGACCUUGGUGGUUCAGCCCCUGCAGAAGAGCGCGCCGGGGGGCGACAAGGUGACGCACCCCAAUGGGCCGGUCCCCAUCCAGCCCAAAACCCUGCAGGGGCUCCGCCUGCCCCUCCGCCUCCCUCCUAAAACCCCCCCACCUAUCCUGCCUGCCCUGUCGCCAGCCGGCCGCCCACCGCGGACGCCCCACGUCCCCGUUCAGUUUGUGGGCGCCCGGCAGAGCGCGCUGGGAAGUGGCCAGGCUUUAGCUCUACCCCGGGGGGGCUUCAAUCAGGAGUUGGCGGCCGUCUGCACCAGCUCGUCCAGUCGCCACACCGUGGGGGCCUCCGUCACUUCCGGGGAGGGCGGUGUCCCGGUGACCUCGCAGGCUCAUCUCCACCCCGGUGCACGUCAGAAUGAAUCUAUGGUGCCCGCCUCUACGCUGCCCCUAGCGCAAGAGGCGCAAAGUGGGACUCCGGGGGUGGCGACUAACUCUGAUCCCACAGGAAACCCCAGCGGUCAGAGCAAGGAUGCGGCGCUGAAGCGCAAGAUGGAGUCCAGCUGCGACUUCAUCCCCGAAGUCCGCCAGCCGCCGGCGUUACGAGAUGACGCCUCAACUCUGCCCGACUCGGAUGCAGACGUUUCUGCCGCCCCUCCGGCGUCCCCCUUAGCGUCGGCGUCCCGUGGCGUCUGCGGUGUGGGCGAGAGGGCUCCUCCCCCCCAAGCGGUGGUCAAGCCGCACGUCCUGACGCACGUCAUCGAGGGCUUCGUCAUCCAGGAAGGCGCCCGGCCUUUUCCGGUAUGCGGGCAAACCAAAGACCCGACCGGGGAGGACUUGGCUCCCUCUGUAGCCACGGCAACAAUGAUGACGUGCGAGUACUGCGAGGAGUCGGGCCCCGCCAGCCGCUUUCCAGGGGCCAAAAGGUUCUGCUCCACUUUGUGCGCAAAGAGGUUCAAGCUCGCCUUUGCCAGGCGGCCAUCUUGGGAGCGUCAAAGCCCCCUCUCCGACUCGGAGGAGGAAUGCGGUGCGGCCCGGAGGAGGACCAGGAGGAGGAAGGUGCCCCGCCGGACCAGCUCGGAAAUCGCCAGCGCCAAGAUCGCGGGCCAGUCGCUUUCGGCCAAGCGCCACUCCGAGUCCAGCCGCUCGGAGAGCGAGUGGAGUGGCGAGGACGAGGACGACGACGCCGCCGCUUCUCUCUGGCCCGCUUCCUCCUCGGCUCCCGGCCUUCGUCGGACCCCUCCGCCUUCGCCGCCGCCGCCGGCCCCGGUCCAGAAGACGUCCGCCGCGCCUUCGAGCCCCGCACGCUGGACUGUGGACCAAGUGUCUCAGUUUAUCUGCUCGCUGCAAGGCUGCGAGGACCUGGCGUCGCUCUUCUGGUCUCAGGAGAUCGACGGACAGGCGCUGAUGCUGCUGAAGGAGGAGCACCUGGUGUCGGCCAUGAACAUCAAGCUGGGCCCCGCCCUCAAAAUCUGCGCCCACAUCAACAACCUGAAGGAAUGAGUCGCUAGUCCAGUUUCGGCGACAAAUGUAGCAGAAUUCUUUGAACAAAGUCAAGAUCCGGGCCGUCGUACUCGCAGUCGACGGCGUUCUUUAUCCUCUGCGAAGAACGACUGAUAUUGGUGCCGCACUGAUGAGCUCCGGAGGAGUUGAGAUGUCGCGAUGAACUGCGGUUUUUAAAAUAUGGGAUAAUACAAACGUAGAGACUUGAGUCACCAAAAAACAAACAAACAAAAAAAAUCAUAACCUGAAACGGUUCCAUUCCAAGGCAAUAGCGUAAGAAACUGUCUUCCACGGACCCAAUGAUGGCGUUCUGGUUCUGGACCACGUCAGCCGGGAGUUGUGAUCUUCUCUGGACUGUACAUUUUUUUAAAAAAUCUUUAUUAAUGGUCUGCAUUAAUGACAUCCUUGUGUCCAAUUUUGGACCGGACCGCAUGGACUUUGGACCGUGGACUCUUUUGUUUCUUCAGAAGCGGACCAUGGAGACCUACCUCCCUCAAGGCUUUUUUUAAUUUACAUUUUUCACAGUUUUAUUUUUGCCGGACGUUUGGAUCUACAGGCCAAACAGUUUUUUUCACCGGCUCGUCCCGAUGUUCUCAACGGAGAACCAAUGAAAACUCGGACGCUCGUGUAUUGUGUGUGCGUGUCUAAUAUUUCCGUACAGUAUUUCUGUUUAAAGUCUGGUCUUCAGUUCGAGCCUUGACCGCCUCCUGGGUCUUCUCUCGAGGGGGAAAACCUGCACGAGACCCGUCAUUCAGGAUCACGUGGAAACUCUCUCAAAUGCUCUCAGUCUUUGUCCGUUUAGCGGCA